AUGAAAAGACCGAUCCAAACCACCAUCACUCUCUCUGAGACAGAGGCCAAAAUCCAGAACUUGUUGGUGGAUUACUGUCGCCAUCACAGCGAGACAUAUCCCAACAAGUUUCCGCUUGAAUUGCGCAUCACAGGUGGCUGGGUCAGGGACAAGCUUUUGGGCAAUCAUAGCAAUGACAUCGACAUCGCUGUAAAUCACCAGUCUGGAGAGCAGUUUGCUUCCAAUUUGCACGAAUACUUGAGGGUGCACAAUCCAGAAUUGCAUCUCAAGGCCAUUCACACCAUUAAGAAGAACCCCGAGAAAUCAAAACACUUGGAGACAUGUACUACUAAACUCUUUGGUAUGGAUAUAGACUUUGUCAACUUAAGAUCAGAGGAGUAUUCUGACGAUAGCAGAGUACCGAUUAUCAAAUUUGGUACACCAGAAGAGGAUGCCUACAGGAGGGAUGCUACGCUCAACUCGCUAUUCUUCAACUUGAACAAGAACGAAAUUGAAGAUUUUACAGGCAAAGGUCUUCAGGAUUUACAAGAUGGGGUAUUGCGUACUCCCUUAGAGCCAUUGCAGACAUUCUUGGACGACCCAUUACGUGUGCUUCGUCUCAUUAGAUUUGCCAGUAGAUUCAAUUUCAUCGUAGAGCCAAAGACUUUAGAAGCGAUGACGAGUCCUGAGAUCAGAGAAUCCUUGACGACUAAGAUCUCCAAAGAGAGAAUCGAAGUCGAGUUGCUCAAGAUUUUCACCAGUAAGAAUCCAAGCUACGGGUUGCGGUUGAUCAACUAUGCCAAUUUGUAUAGCAGGAUCUUCAGCACUGAAGAGUUGGUAUUGGCUACGCCUGACGUAGUGACCAAGUUGAAAGCAUCUUGUGACGAAAUCAGUGACCAUGUUGCCCUAGCAGCCACUUUGCAUCCCAUCUUUGUAGACGUAGAAAGAACAAUUCAAAACCACUUUGGCAGGGAAUUCAAGCGGUUGUCGCUGAUUUACGAGUAUCAUAACCCGUUCUGGCUCGCUGUAAUUCUAUUUCCAUAUCGUGGUUUGCGGUGCAAGCAUCUCCCCAAAGACCGUGUGCCCUCUCCAGUAGCCAAGAUCUUGAUGAGAAAUGGUCUCAAGACUAAGAACUAUGACGUCGAUAUCGUCACCACCAUUACUGAUGAGUAUGUAGAGUCCCGUGAAAUCUUGGAUCGAUACUUUGCCAAUCCGAAACUUGUCAAGCGAUCUGAGAUGGGGAUGUACUUGAGAAAGUUCAAGUCGUUCGCUGAUUUAAACAUCUUUUUCAAUUGCUUUAUUGAUAUUAUGGAGAAUUUAAAGACUUUGGGUGUAUCCACCGUGGGACCAGUACCUGUUAUUCCUGACGACGUCAGACACCACCCCGAGUUCGUGUACACGAUCCAGAAGAUCACGAACAAAUACCUGGAUUUCUUGGAAUACAUUGAUGACGAAGGAUUGCUGGAUGCUGACAAGAUCAAACCUCUUAUCGAUGGUACUAGAUUGACCCAGGAAUUGGGAGUGAAACCAGGGCCCUGGGUGACGCUAGUGACAGAAGAGAUCUUGGUGUGGCAGCUUGAUAACCCGGACAAGGGAGCGGAUGAGUGUUUGGAAUAUAUCAGGGAUAUAGCACAGAGGUAUGUAGCUGAGGAACAGGCAAGAGUGGCAGAGUUGAAGGCAAAGAAGGGCAAGAAGAAAUAG